AUUGCCUUCCAGGCUAUCGCCCAUAGUACUCUUUCGCUUCCCUUUCCCCGUCUUCCUCGAAGGUUCCCAAAUUGUCAUUUGUCAAUUUGCAACAUAUCUGCAACAGUAAUGCUGCCGAGUAGCGGCCCUUUCAGGACUCGAAUGAUCUCGAUAUUCCUGAUCGGUUGCAUCCUCGUUCUGUCCGGGGCCGAGUCUGCUCUCGGGGUGAAGACCCGAUACUUCAAAUGGGAGGUGGAGUACGUGUUCUGGGAGCCCGACUGCAUAGAGCACCCAGUCAUGGCCAUCAACGGCCAGUUCCCGGGCCCGACCAUACGGGCGAAGGCCGGGGACAUCAUCCAUGUCGACCUCACCAACAAGCUCAGCACCGAGGGAGUUGUCAUUCAUUGGCAUGGCAUCAGACAGAUUGGAACACCAUGGGCGGAUGGGACUGCAUCCAUAUCACAGUGUGCAAUCAACCCCGGCGAGACCUUCCCUUACCAAUUCGUAGUUGAUAAGCCCGGGACAUACUUCUACCACGGCCACUUCGGGAUGCAAAGAUCUGCGGGGCUGUACGGGUCAUUGAUCGUCGAAGUAGCAGAUGGGGAGAAGGAACCCUUCCACUACAACGGAGAGUUCAAUCUGCUGCUGAGUGACUGGUGGCACAAGAGCGUCCACGACCAAGAGCUCGGACUCUCAGCCGUUCCGAUGCGUUGGAUCAACGAACCCAGUUCUUUGCUGAUUAACGGGCGAGGGCAGUACAACUGCUCCUUAGCGGCUGGUACAUGCAAGUUUACCGGCAGGGAGCAGUGCGCGCCACGAGUUCUUCGAGUCCUUCCAAACAAAACAUAUCGCCUCCGCCUUGCCAGCACCACUGCUCUCGCAUCCCUCAAUGUUGCCGUUGCGAAUCACAAGAUGGUGGUCGUCGAGGCUGAUGGGAACUAUGUCGAACCGUUCGAAGUCGAUGACUUGUACAUUUACUCAGGUGAGAGCUACUCGGUGCUGAUCAAGACCGACCAGGACCCGACCAAGAACUACUGGAUCUCCGCCGGAGUCAUCGGCCGGAAGCCCAACACCACCCAGGCCCUCACCAUCCUCAACUACCAAUCCGUCCACGGCGGCAAGCUCCCAGCCUCUCAGCCGCCCGUCACGCCCUCGUGGGAUGACUAUGCCCGUAUGAGAUCCUUCGCUGAGAAGCUCCGCACCCUCUCCAGAUCCUACCUUCCCCGGCCACCGCUCAGCCACCACCACCGGAUCGCCCUCCUCAACACCCAGAACAAGUACGGCGGCCAAACCAAGUGGGCCCUCAACAAUGUCUCCCUCUCCCUCCCCGCCACUCCUUACCUUGGCUCGAUGAGCUACAAACUCAAGGGCGCCUUUGACCCCACCCCGCCACCUGAGAGCUUCCCGGGUGAUUAUGAUAUUAUGGUCCCCGCAGCCAACUCCAACUGCACGGUUGGAAACGGAGUCUACGUGCUCCCGUUCAACUCCACGGUCGACAUUAUACUGCAGAAUGCAAACGCUCUGUCAGCGAACACGAGCGAGGUCCACCCGUGGCACAUUCACGGGCAUGACUUCUGGGUGCUUGGUUAUGGUGACGGAAAGUUUGUGGAGGGUGUCAGCGACAAGAAGUUCAACCUGAAGGACCCGCCUCUUAAGAACACGGCGGUGAUCUUCCCGUUCGGGUGGACGGUGCUGAGGUUCGUGGCGGACAACCCCGGAGCAUGGGCCUUCCACUGCCACAUUGAGCCCCACCUCCACAUGGGAAUGGGCGUCGUGCUGGCCGAGGGAGUGGAACGGAUCAGGCGGAUUCCGGGUCAAGCCCUCGGGUGCGGGUUAACUGCCAAGAUGGUCGGGAAACCGCAUCCUUAAUUGUAUUCGUUCUUACUUCGAGAGGAGGAUUCGCAUUUUGGUGCGUUUUUAUCGGCAGGAUUACAAAAUCCGGAAGUACAUUUGAUUUUGAGUAUGUUUUUACUACGUUGUAUUUAUGUUUGAGCUUGUACACUGGUGCAAAAUCCUUGUAUGCUCCAAUGGUUGAAUCAAUUGUGAAUUAUGGAAAUUUAAAAUGACUGCAAUUAAAAAUCCAUUGUAUUAUUAAA